AUGGGAUUUAGGGAUUUAACAUUGAAAGAUCUGGAAGACUGGUUAACAAUGGAAGGCGACAAAUUCGACGUCCUCGCCGCCACCGCGCAGCGCGCAAUCCAAAUUAACGCCGCCGAGGAGGAAACGCCGCCUUCCGCCGCCGCGCGAAGGAGAAUAAGGCAAAAUUCGCCGCAUCAGGAACACGAUCGGCCGCCUCCGCCGCAGCUGCCGGAGGAAUUCAGGAGGGCGAUCGAGGAGAUGGCGCGCGGGAAGGAGCUGACGGCGCCGGCGACGCUGGUGAUUCAGAAGGAGCUGUUCCGCACCGACGUGAGCAAAAACCACAACCGCCUCUCGAUCCCGGCGAGCCAGAUCAGCGACGGCUUCCUGACGGAGGAGGAGCGGCGCCGCCUCGGGGCGAGGAGGAAGGGCCGCGUGGACGUGAGGGUCGUGGAGGCGUCGGGGGAGGCGGUGGCCGCGAAGCUUUGCCGGUGGGUUAUGGCGAAGGGCGACGGGAAGAAGAGGAAGAGGAAGACGACGUCGUGUAGCUACGUGAUCAACGGGGCGUGGAAUGAGAUUGUGGAGAGGAAUGUGUUGGAAUUGGGUAUGGAGGUGCAGUUGUGGUGCUUUAGAAUCGACGGAGAGUUGUGCUUUUCGGUCGUGCCCCUGCCGACUAAUCCCGGUGUCGCUGCCCCCGACGCCGGAGAUGGUCCGUAA